AUGAAGUCCUUUAUCGCGGCAUCCGUUGCCUUGCUGGCGGGAUCUCAGGUGGCUGUUGCCAAGGAGAUUGCCAACCCUGCCAGGCAAUGGGAGUAUGACAGUGGUCUUGUUCAUGAGACCAUCAUGAGCACCAAGCAUGCUGCUUGGGACGCCAAGAGAAAGGCUGGUGCUUUCGACUCUAGACAAUACAAGAGCUACAGCGCAGAAGCCGGUCCCGUUGCCUGCACCGAUGGCAUUGCCGCAGUCAUUCCCGGCGAUGCCAACAACACUUUCAAGUGUAACAACAUUGACUUUUACGACUUCCAAAGCCACUUUGACCUCGGCAGCGUGGUGGGAGAGGGCGCCGGCAGCUGGGGGUGGACCAGCGACGAGGGCCGCGAGUUUGUAGCCAUUGCGCAGAGCGACGGCGCCGCCUUUGCCGAGAUUAGCAGCGCGGGCAAGCUCGUCUACCUGGGCCGGCUGCCGCAGUACACGACGGCCGACCCCUCGCUGUGGCGCGAGAUCAAGGGGUACAAGAACUACAUCGUCAUUGGCAGCGAGGCCUACGACCACGGCGUGCAAAUCUUUGACAUGUCGCUGCUGCUCGACGUGGACCCGGCCGCGCCCAAGACGUUUAGCAACGAGGACGACCUGACGGGCUGGUUCGGCGACCUGCCCGUCGGCCGCUCCCAUAAUGUCGUCGUCAAUGAGGAGAAGAACUAUGCCGUGGCCGUCGGUGCGCAGCCGCGCAACAGCAGCUGCGCCUCGGGCCUCAUCUUUAUUGACCUGACGGACCCCAGCGCCCCGUACUCGCCAGGCUGCGCAAGCGGCGACGGCUACGUGCACGACGCCCAGUGUCUCGUGUACCGCGGCCCCGACGAGCAGUACAGCGAGCGCGACAUUUGUUACGGCUACAAUGAGGACACGCUGACCAUUUUCGACGUGACUGACAAGAACGCCACCAACAUCAUUUCGCGCACCACGUACGAGGGCGCCUCGUACACGCACCAGGGCUGGGUGCUAGACACGCAGUGGCAGCAGUACCUGGUACUCGACGACGAGUACGACGAGUACGACUCGACCGGCGAGGGUGCCGCUGGAUUCCCAGUCACCUACUUUUGGGACAUUAGCUCGCUCGAGGCUCCCAAGCUGUCGGGCAUCUACCGCAGCGACACCCGUGGCAUCGACCACAACCAGUUUAUCAACGGCGGCUUUGCCUACCAGAGCAACUAUGGCACCGGUCUCCGCGUCCUCGACAUCUCGUCCAUCCCCGAGGACCCCACCGGCGGUAGCGUCAAGGAGGUGGCCUUUUUCGACAUUUUCCCCGAGGACGACGAGGCCGAGGAUGGUGGUAUCAUUGAGUUUGAAGGAACUUGGUCUCACUACCCCUUCUUCAAGAGUGGAUUCAUCCUGGUCAACACGAUUGAGAGGGGUGCAUUCGUUGUCAAGCGGACAGACAUUUAG